AUGAUCCGAAAACAAUUUAAGCGUUUAUUUGUUUUUGAUGCCACCACAACAAGUAAUCAGGAGCCGCCAACUUGUCUUCCAAAUGGUAGCAAAUCAAAUUGGCCAACAAAGAACGGAGCGGACCAGAAAAGAGCUGAGUGCAAUGAGCAUAUAUCAUGGCCACAACUUGCAUUUGGACACUGCCCGAGUACGAGUCCAAUUGAUGGAUCACCGAAAACCGACUGCAGCAAUCGCUCUCCAUCAGUUGCGGCAGUUGCGGCUUCAUGGCUGCAUGGAUGCAUCAUUAGCCCCGCCAAGGUCACGGUGGAUCGAUGA